CGUAUGCUAGUCCUGCCAUAGUAUUAGCACCAUAGUAAACCUACAUACAGGCGAAACCAUGGCCGCACUUCCGCCACGUAAAAAUCCGACGCCUACCAAAAUCUCCAAACAACACCUUACCCCACUGCAAAUACUGCUUCAGAUGGGGUUUCCCAAGCAUAGAGCAGAAAAGGCACUGGCUGCCACUGGAAACCGCGGUGUACAACUAGCCUCCGACUGGCUCCUGGCCCACGUAAACGACCCCUUCCUAGACGAGUGUGCACCUCGCGAAUACAUACUGUAUGCCUGCCCGACGGGUCCAUUCCUGCAGCAGCUUGAAAACUUCUGGGCUCAAUCGCGGGAAGCUUGCGGCUGGAAUGGGGCGCAUAAUUUUACACCCCACAUAACGCUCGUAUCGUUUUUCAAAGCUCCGGACGAAUGCGCACCCCAGCUAUCCAAAGCGCUGAAGGACCUGAUGAAUCUGCCAGGUGCCCGCCUGGACCGUCCGAUUGCCCUCGAGCCCUACACGAGCCCAAACUUCAUGGGCUUUUUCGUUGCCGAAGACGAUGCCAACUAUCUCAAGCGGCUGGCACUGCAGUACGUGAAGGAAGUGUCCCAGUCAAUAAUUAGUGACACGUAUGAGCAGCUAGAUGCAUUGGUUACCUGUUUUCCAUGGUGCGGGGGAGUAACUUCGGCACGCUGUAUACCACGUAGCAGUCGAUCUAUCUCCCUGGAACCACACGUUAAGUCCUUACAUCUGACAUUGGCCUACCAAUUUCCGCCGGCACAAUUCAACGCGUUGAAAUCGUUGGUCGAAAAGCUUGACAUAUCCUGCACGGAUGCCAACUGGGAGCUACGGCUGUAUUCUCGAGAUCCCCGGCUUGCUUCCAAGCAGGUACACAAAGUGCUUUACCCGCACACGCCUCGCGAAACGGAUGAACUAGAGCUGCGCAUCGGUGACUACAUCUACCUGAAUCCGGAAGCUAUUCAAGCCUCAUCUGACGGGUGGGUGGAGGGUAUUUCCUGGCUCACCGGUACUAACGGGUAUCUGCCGGAGAACUACACCGAACGGACGGCGGAAUCCGACGCCUGGACGAUGCAUCGUACCGUUCCGUUGUGUGACGCGCGUACCCUCGAGGAGAUAACGGACACCGUCGACGGAAUGGCACUGGCCGUGUCGCAGAAUUUUGCCCUGGUGGAAGGAAAUGGCCCUAUAGCAGAAGAAAUCGGUAAGCUAUUGAUAAUUGUUUCUAUAUCCCUAGGUCAGAGUGAUUUGCAGCACGACCAAUCGGCAGACCGGCAAACAACGUCACCGCAAGGCGAUACGAAACAGUCGCAAUCCGCAACAACGGUCAGUGACGAGCAGCAAGCGAACAGCAACAGCAACGGUGGCAAAAUGUUUGGUGCUGCCAAAUCGAUGGACGAUAUACCGCUGGAAAAGCUGCACGAGUUGGUAAAGAAGCGUACGACCAUGCAGGUGAUUCCGGGUGACGGAAGUGAUCGGGCAGAAUCGACCUCCAACCAGGGUAACCGCAAGGUGUACCUUAUGCGCCACGGUGAACGGAUCGAUUUUACGUUUGGUACCUGGGUACCGUACUGUUUCGAUGAAGCAGGCAACUACGUCCGGAAGGACCUCAACAUGCCAAAAACAUUGCCCGUACGUAAACCCACCCUCUGGCAACGCGAUUCACCUCUGACAAACGUGGGCCGUUAUCAGGCACGGCUUGUCGGCGAGGGGCUGAAGGAUGCCGGCGUCCAGAUUGAUAAAGUUUACAGCUCACCCUCCUUCCGUUGCAUCCAGACGGCCACUUCAGUGCUGGAAGGACUGGGCUUAAAAGCUUCCCUACCCAUCCACGUGGAACCGGGGCUUUUCGAGUGGUUGGCGUGGUAUCAGGACGGUUUUCCCGAAUGGCUUUCGGCAGAGGAGCUGCUCGCUGCAGAUUACAAUAUUGCGACGGACUAUGCGCCCCUCACAACGGUCGACAAACUGAAGGAAUGUUUUCUCGAAAAGCUCGAUGAGUUCUACAACCGCAACUCGGCCAUAGCGGAACAUAUUAUUAAAAGCACAGAUGGAAACAUACUGAUCGUUGGGCAUGCAACCACCCUCGACACCUGUUCGCGCUUUAUCGUGGGAGAAAAGCUUCGCUCGACCAGCGAGAUGGCCCGAAUCAUGCAAAAAGUUUCCUACUGCAGUUUGGCAGUAAUGGAAUCGGAAGGGAUAGUAUCGGCGGAGGGUGGCGAUAGUACCACCGGGAAACCCGUUGGCCGCUGGAAGCUUGCCGUGCCGCCGUGCGAUCCGGUGACCCAUACCAAUAAUAAUCGAUUCGACUACAAAAUACUCACCGCUCAGCUUUAAGGGGGGACAUUAUGCGUUUUGUUGGCUUCAACGUGUAAAACUAACCAACUAGAGCAUUAUAAUAUUUAUUACCUGCUUCUGGCAACCUUGUGUUACGUACAUUCUUGUUACUUACCUUCUUACUAUAUUGACUACUGAUAAAAGAAACCAACUUGUUGACGUGUGUUCAACUCAGCAUA